AACCAACUGAAACCAGACAAAGAUGUUUAAUAAAUAUUGAAAUCCCGAUACUUAAAGUGGCAUGAAGGGCCGUAAGAUUGGAGUUUUCUCUGAUAUGGGAUCGAAACUUUCAGGGGCUCUCAUUUCUUUCCUUUUCACUCUGCAGGAUAGGAAGAGGGAGUGACGAGACCUAGAAGGGGAGGCAGAGGUGGUUGUAGUACUAAGCCUUUUCCCUUACAAAUCCCAGGCCCCACACAUUUCCCAAAGCUUCAGACUCCACCCUCUUUGUCUUCCAGUUUUGGGCGCAGGCUGUAGCGUUUAAAUCUCGCGCGCUUCCCACGGAUUGGCUGGAUGAGGGAUGGUUAGCUGUUAGCCAGCCGCCGCUCCUCGCCAUUUUCCCCGGGCAAAAGGUUUUCAAAUUUGGCCAAUCAGCUGUCGCGCUCCCUCAGCUGCAAUACGUCACCUAAGGAUUAACCGCAACCAACCAGAGGCAUCUUUAGAGAAAAGAGCCAAUCAGGAGGUUAGGGAGGUGUGCCCUGGGGGCUUAUAAGGACAGCCCUUGGGCAUUCGCGGCAGCAGUUAGACUGCAGCGAGCGGCUGGGUGUUGACGUAGUCAAGGCUCUCUAACUCACGCACUAUGUCUGGUCGCGGCAAGACGGGAGGCAAGGCCCGUGCCAAAGCCAAGUCGCGCUCAUCGCGCGCAGGCCUUCAAUUCCCAGUAGGCCGUGUUCAUAGGUUGCUGCGGAAGGGCCAUUACGCCGAGAGAGUGGGCGCCGGUGCGCCUGUGUACCUGGCGGCAGUGCUCGAGUACCUCACCGCGGAGAUCCUGGAGCUGGCGGGCAACGCGGCCCGCGACAACAAGAAGACACGCAUCAUCCCCCGUCACCUGCAGCUGGCCAUCCGCAACGACGAGGAACUCAACAAGCUACUGGGCGGCGUGACAAUCGCCCAAGGAGGCGUCCUGCCCAACAUCCAGGCCGUGCUGCUGCCCAAGAAAACCAGUGCCACCGUAGGGCCGAAAGCGCCGGCGGGCGGCAAGAAGGCCACUCAGGCCUCUCAGGAGUACUGAGCGGCGCCUGCUGUGCCCCCGCGGGAGCCCGAGCCAACCUGUGCUACCACAAAGGCCCUUUUAAGGGCCACCACAGCCCUCAUGGAAAGAGCUGAGCCACGGCGGCCCGCUGCAGUCCCCGGGCCCCCCCCCCCACUCCCCACACCUGCCACCAGCGGCUGGCUACCCUUCCCCCUGCGCGGGUUCGCGGGUCCCGCUCUCGUUUUCCGCCGAGGAGCAACCGUUGAACGCCGCUCGCCCUGGUCGUCUCCGGAGCUGUGACUCAGCCAUCCUGCCUUUUGAGUGGCUGAUGGGCUGCGGACCUUCUGGAAGGCCAGGCCUGCUGCUCUGACGUAGGCUGAGGUGAGCGGCGGCAGACCGGGAAGGUGAGUCGCCGGCAGAGCCCCCUCAGAUUCUUCUUCAGCUCGGUGCUUAGGUCGCGACCUCAGACAUGGCUGUUGACUUCCAGGCUUUGGGUGGAGACACUUUGAUCCUUAAAUUUGUUCGGGCGUUCCCUUUACCACCUCCAUCUUAAUUGUAGAUCUGGGCGGUGCAGCCAAGACAGAUACCGGAAUGUGCCCGCCUUUCCCCAGAGGUGGGAGCCUCCAGUGAGGAUGGGGAAGGUGGGCAGCGACCGUGUGGACUGCAGGGCUUGUGCGCGCACGCCUGCAACUGACCUGCAGCGAGGCCUCCCCACUCCAGCCGCACUGCUCAGCACCUAUAUGUAUACCAGCACAAUCCGGUGACCCCAUCUGGACCCAGUCUCCGUGGGCUUCUCAACUGGAAUUUAGCAUCUAACCCAUUCAAGAGUAGUACCUUAAGUAUUGGGGAGUUUCAGAUGGACUAAUUUUAUUAAAGGAUUUUUUUUUUU